AUGUCCGUUUGUUCAUCAUCUAUCUUGGUUUGUUCAUUAUCUGUCAUUAUCUACCUCUCCACCUCAGUGCAUUCAUUAUCUCUCUCUCUCUAUCUCUGUCACUCCAUUACCUAUCUCUCUCUCUCUCUAUCUCUGUGUAUUAUCUAUCUUUCUCUCUGUCUAUGGAUUUGUCCAUUACCUAUCUCUCUCUCUGUGUCUCUCGGUCUGUCCAUUACCUAUCUCUCUCUCUCUGUCUCUCGGUCUAUCCAUUACCUAUCUCUCUCUCUCUGUCUCUCGGUCUGUCCAUUACCUAUCUCUCUCUCUCUCUCAGUCUGUCCAUUGCCUAUCUCUCUCUCUCUGGGUCUGUCCCUUACCUAUCGCUCUCUCUAUCUCUCGGUCUGUCCAUUACCUAUCUCUCUCUCUCUCUCUCUCAGUCUGUCUGUUACCUAUCUCUCUCUCUCUCUCUCUCUCGGUCUGUCCAUUACCUAUCUCUCUCUCUCAGUCUGUCCAUUACCUAUCUCUCUCUCUCUCUCUCUCUCUCUCGGUCUGUCCAUUACCUAUCUCUCUCUCUCUCUCUGGUCUAUCCAUUCUCUAUCUCUCUCUCUCUCGGUCUGUCCAUUACCUAUCUCUCUCUCUCUCGGUCUAUCCAUUACCUAUCUCUCUCUCUCUCAGUCUGUCCAUUACCUAUCUCUCUCUCUCUCUCUUUCUUGGUCUGUCCAUUAUCUGUUGAUGAUCUAUCUCUCUAUCCCACUAAGCUUCUUCAUUAUCUAUCUAAGUCUGUUCAUUAUCUAUCCAAGACUGUUCAUUAUCUACCUCUCUAUCUCACUCUGUUCAUUAUCUACUUCUUUACAUUGGUCUGUCUGUUAUCUAUCUAUCUAUCUAUCUAUCACUCUAUCUCGGUCUAUCCAUUAUCUAUCUAUCUAUCGCUCUAUCUCGGUCUGUCCAUUAUCUGUCUAUCUAUCGCUCUAUCUCGGUCUGUCCAUUAUCUGUCUAUCUAUCGCUCUAUCUCGGUCUGUCUAUUAUCUGUCUAUCUAUCGCUCUAUCUCGGUCUGUCCAUUAUCUGUCUAUCUAUCGCUGUAUCUCGGUCUGUCCAUUAUCUGUCUAUCUAUCGCUGUAUCUCGGUCUAUUCAUUAUCUGUCUAUCUAUCGCUCUAUCUCGAUCUAUUCAUUAUCUGUCUAUCUAUCGGGAGCUCUUUCUGCCCUGGGGAGCCUAGAGGCCCAUGUUAUUACAUACCAUAUCUAUCUGAUCUAUCUUCGUGGAAUGAAGAUUCUGGCGCCAUAUGUAAACGAAGCCUCUUGUCAUUUUCCAGAAACCAUCUUGGAAAUUUAA